CCCCCUCCCCCCGCUCGCUCACUCCUUCCCCCUCCCACCUCUCGGAGCGCCGGUGGUGGAGCGAAGCCGGGACGGGCCCGGGCAGCCGGGCUGAGGCACGCAGAGUUCUGCGACUGGUUGGUGCAGCAGGAAGGGAUUGCAGUCCGGAAAUGGAAGUCCGGUCUUCAUUUGAUAAAUUUAGUCAAUCAUCUGAAUCUGUGUCCACAUUAAACAGUGAAGAAUUUGUCUUGGUUCAUCAGCAACCUGAGGAUCCCCAUGCAAAAGAUGAGAAACCUCAACUAAAAAUAUAUUCAAAUGGAGAUGAACAGCUGGAGAAAGCCAUGGAAGAGAUACUGAGAGAUUCUGAAAAAGGCCAAAUAAGUUAUACUACUGACUGUAAAGACUCCAAUGAUGCUUGUAGACAGUCAGCUGAGGAUGUGUCAGCCAGUCAGACAAACCAACCUUCUUUACAUCUAAUUCUGGACCCUUCCACGACAGAAAUCUCGGCACCUAGACCCUGUUCCCCUAAUGAACUCCCAGAAGAGGACAGUGUAUUAUUUAACAAAUUGAUGUAUCUAGGUUCUAUGAAGGUUUCCGCUCCUCGUAGUGAGUCAGAAGCUCUACGUGCUAUGGAAGCUUUGAAAUCCUCAUGCCAGUCCUCUUUUCCUGUGACUCUCUAUGUUCCGAAUAUCCCAGAAGGCUCUGUAAGAAUAAUAGACCAAACCAGCAAUACGGAGAUAGCCUCUUUCCCAAUCUAUAAGAUAUUGUUCUGUGCACGUGGACAAAAUGGAACUGCAGAGAGUGACUGCUUCGCAUUUACUGAAAGCUACUGUGGAACAGAGGAGUUCCAGAUUCAUGUUUUCUCCUGUGAGAUUAAAGAGGCAGUCAGCCGAAUUUUAUAUAGUUUCUCAACAGCGUUCAGACGGUCUUCCAAACAAGCCUCAGACCAUGUUAAGGACUCUGUUCUUCCUACCCCAGAUAGUGAUGUGUUCACUUUCAGUGUCUCCUUAGAGGUUAAAGAAGAUGAUGGUAAAGGAAAUUUUAGCCCUGUACCAAAGGACAGAGAGAAAUUUUAUUUCAAACUGAAACAGGGAAUUGAUAAGAAAGUUGUGAUCACAGUCCAGCAACUCUCAAACAAAGAAUUGGCCAUUGAAAGAUGCUUUGGGAUGCUGUUAAGCCCAGGUCGAAAUGUGAAGAACAGUGACAUGCAUUUACUUGAUAUGGAGUCCAUGGGAAAGAGCUGUGAUGGGAGAGCAUAUGUUAUUACUGGAAUGUGGAAUCCCAAUGCACCUACUUUUCUAGUACUUAAUGAGGAAACACCUAAAGAUAAACGUGUGUACAUGACUGUGGCAGUGGAUAUGGUGGUCACUGAAGUGGUAGAGCCAGUCCGCUUUUUGCUGGAGACUGUUGUUCGCGUGUACCCAGCUAAUGAGCGUUUCUGGUAUUUCAGCAGAAAAACCUUCACAGAAACUUUCUACAUGAAGCUAAAACAGUCUGAAGGGAAAAGCCACACAAAUGCUGGAGAUGCAAUUUAUGAAGUUGUAAGUCUGCAGCGGGAGUCUGAGAGAGAUGAUGAAUCAGUCAGUCCAACAAGUAGAGGGGGUCCACUAUCGCCACAGGAGGAUGAGGCUGAAGAAGAGAGUGAUAACGAACUCUCAAGUGGUACUGGUGAUGUGUCUAAGGAUUGUCCUGAGAAGGUCUUGUAUUCCUGGGGAGAAUUACUGGGGAGAUGGCACAAUAACCUUGCUGUGCGGCCAAAAGGACUGUCUACACUGGUGAAGAGUGGUGUUCCAGAGGCACUAAGAGCAGAGAUUUGGCAGUUGCUAGCAGGAUGCCAUGACAACCAGGCCAUGUUGGACAAAUACAGGAUUCUCAUCACAAAGGACUCUGUCCAGGAGAGCGUCAUUACACGAGACAUUCAUCGAACAUUUCCAGCACAUGACUAUUUCAAAGACACAGGAGGAGACGGGCAGGAAUCACUGUACAAGAUAUGUAAGGCAUACUCUGUUUAUGAUGAAGACAUUGGCUAUUGUCAGGGACAGUCCUUCCUUGCUGCGGUAUUGCUGCUGCAUAUGCCAGAGGAGCAGGCCUUUUGUGUGCUGGUGAAGAUCAUGUAUGACUAUGGCUUGCGAGACCUCUACAAAAAUAACUUUGAAGAUCUUCACUGCAAAUUUUACCAACUAGAGAAACUAAUGCAGGAGCAGCUACCUGAUUUAUAUAGCCAUUUUGCAGACUUGAACCUGGAAGCUCAUAUGUAUGCAUCCCAGUGGUUUCUCACCCUCUUUACUGCCAAGUUCCCACUCUGCAUGGUCUUCCACAUCAUUGAUUUACUACUCUGUGAGGGUCUGAACAUAAUCUUUCAUGUAGCCUUGGCACUCUUAAAGACCUCAAAGGAGGACCUUUUACAGGCUGAUUUUGAAGGGGCUUUAAAAUUCUUCAGAGUUCAGCUGCCAAAGAGGUACAGAGCAGAAGAGAAUGCUAGAAGACUAAUGGAACAGGCCUGCAACAUUAAGGUGCCCACAAAGAAGCUGAAGAAAUAUGAGAGAGAGUAUCAGACAAUGCGAGAGAGUCAGCUGCAGCAGGAAGACCCAAUGGACAGAUACAAGAGGGAGAACCGCAGGCUCCAGGAAGCCAGCAUGCGGCUGGAACAGGAGAAUGAUGACCUUGCCCAUGAACUUGUAACGAGCAAAAUAGCCCUCCGAAAUGACUUGGACCAGGCUGAAGACAAGGCAGAUGUUCUGAACAAGGAGCUUCUCCUGACUAAACAGAAACUAGUGGAGACUGAGGAAGAAAAGCGGAAGCAAGAAGAAGAAACUGCCCAGCUGAAGGAAAUCUUCAGGAAACAACUAGAGAAGGCGGAAUCUGAAAUAAAGAAAACCACUGCCAUUAUUGCGGAAUAUAAACAAAUUUGUUCCCAGCUGAGUACCAGGCUGGAGAAACAACAGACAGCAAGUAAGGAGGAACUGGAGGUUGUGAAGGGUAAAGUGAUGGCUUGCAAACACUGCAGUGAGAUUUUCAGUAAGGAAGGAGCAUUGAAGCUGCCUGCUAUAAGCAGAGAGACCCAGGGAACAGAAAGAGAUGAUGAGAAGGAUGCACUCAAGAAGCAGCUGAGGGAGAUGGAGCUGGAACUGGCACAGACCAAACUGCAGCUUGUGGAAGCAAAGUGCAAAAUUCAGGAACUGGAGCACCAGAGAGGAACCCUUAUGAAUGAAAUCCAAGCUGCUAAAAACUCUUGGUUUAGCAAAACCCUGAACUCUAUCAAAACGGCCACGAGCACACAGCCAGCACAGCAGCCUCCACCAUCCCAGCCACCCAAAGACAGCAGUACAUAGUUCCAGCCAGACCCCUGGCACAAGAGCACAAAGAACAAAGCAACUGAAACCCUGGAGGAUUUCCCCAGGGGGGUCUCCUCUUGGGGAAAGGACAAAAGACAGGAAUGCAGGUAUUGAAGUGAAAUCCUUCAGUGUCUUUACUCAUUCUGGUGUGACCCUUUCCAAAGGGAAGUUAUUUAAAGAAUCCAAUUUUAUGUUGAAUACUUAUUUCCCACCUGCCUUCCUGAAAGCCACGUUCCAAUAACCUUCAUCCUUUUACACUUUAUUUUAUAUGCUUAGAUGUUAAGAUGGAUAAUAAAUCAAAACUAAGUGUUCAGUAUGUGAACUAAUUAUAACUACAAUAAUUUUUAUCUUGCAUAAAACAGAUGUUUUCUUUUUGGGAAAGAAGGAGGGCAGCAUAAAGUACUGAAGCAUAAAUCUUGUCAAAGAAAGCACAGUAUAAUGCUAGGCUCUAUACUCAUGCCAUGGGAUCAUCUCAAGUUUACAGUGGCGAAUACAUCCUGCAGAGAAGCAUUUCCCAUUCACUGUAAGUCUUAAGUCACAGCCAAAAUAGACUUGUGCUAUGCCAGAGAGAGCACAAGUGUUUAUUAUCUUCCCUGCGAAUAUUCUGUGUUUGAUUUUUGGCAAUUAGUUUCCUGCACAAAUUCAAGGAGCGCAGGUCUUCCAGGUGCUGAGUGGCAGCACUGUUUAAUUCUUGUGCAUUGCACCUGAACACGAAUUUAAAGUGAAAUCUUCUAGUUCCCUUCUUAUUCAGUUUUAUUUUCAGAACUGGAGAAAUGAUUCCCUCCAUUAGAACAAAGGGAAGGCUAUAUUACUUUUUUGUGGGGGGAGGGAAGGGGCAAUAAGUAGAUUUGAAACCUUGCUUAGUUUUGACAUUCUACUACCCCGUGCACUAAAAGCUAUUUUUUUUCAGUGUAAAGUUGGUGGAAAUAUUUUCACAUGAAACAUUGGGCCAAGGUUUAAGCAUUGGACUUGGCACAAAAUGGAAGCAUCAAAUCAAAAAGCUCUUUGCACAGGAGAAACAAACACCAUGGAAAAGUCUAUUUGCUUUUGACACUUUAUUAGGGAACCCUAAGUUGCUGUAUUUUUUUUUUAAAGGAGAAAAUAUUAGAAAUGCAAGAUAAUAGACUUUACUCAUGAGGUAAACUUUACUGAUGAUUAUUCCUGAGUCUGUCUGGAAACAGGAUUGUCUUGUUUUAUAUCUCUAAGUUGUAGAAGUGCAAAAGCAGUUGUGACUUUUUUUGAUUGAACAUAAAUGUUUAUAGAAAUACUUAUUUCAUGAAAAAUUGAUGGAAAUAUUAAAUUAUAUUUAACAUGUCUAUAAGAGGAUCUCACAGAUAAAUAUUGUUGCUGGACAAGAGGUUAGUUGUGCAUUAAGUUUCCCCGUGUUAUAAAAUGUUCCAGGGACAUUAGCCCUGUUUUGAUUUUAACUUUAAGUAAUGUAAUAUCUUAUCAGCUCUGUACAAUAAAGUUUGAUACUCACAUCCUGCUUCAUUUUCAAGCAUAUUUUCAGAAGAUUUUUACAUAUAGUACAAGUUUAACAUUUACCCUGUGCCAAAUGAGACAUUUUGAAGAGCAGCCAGCUGUUUGAAGUAGAGAUCCAAAUGUAGUCACUAUCCUUAGGCAGCAAAAGGCCUGCAAUUUGGUGAUGUAGGUUCUUUUUUUUCCUAAGAACAGAGCUGGAUGUUCCUCUUGUUAGAAUGGCUUAUAAACUUACCUGGAAGAACAGUGUUUUGUCUAGAUGUUGUUACAGAGUGGAACCAAAAUAAGAGGGUUCUUCAAAUGAAACCGAAUUUUGGCAUACUUUCCAUAAUCAGCUUAGUACUAUUAAUAUUUAUUCAGAUAAAGACCAAUGUUCCUGUCCAGUGGAAUUACUAAGUUCAGCAUUGAGAUGUCACUGGCAAGUGAAUUAAACUUGAACUAAGUUAUGUAAUAAACUGGAGGUGACAAUUAUAUACAAUUAAAUACAUUAGGAUAAUUAAUUUAUUGUAAUACCUAGAGUACUGUGCUCACAGCCAACAUUGUUACUGGUAUCAAACCACCAGUUUUGUCCAAAUUUCUCAUUUAAAUGCCAAUCCUUUAAUUUAAAUCAUGCCUACAGGUUGAUUUAUACUGUUUUCCAAACAAGGUCUUCAGUGCAGUAUAAACAGAAAAGUGAAUUUAAAAUGGCACUUUUUGGCAUGUCUCCACUCACAAAAAUGUUUGCUACCUGUAAGCCAUGCUGAGCCCUGACAGUUAUUGGAGAGGAAAUUGGAUUCUAUUUUGCCUUCACAUGAUAGCAAUAAAAUUAUCGGUCAAGUGCUGAUGACAGAUUCUUCACUCCUGGUAAUGAUCCAAGAGGCUUGAUUUCCCUUCUCCCCCCCAAAUCCCAGGUUGAGUGUCUAUCACCUCUAAUUAGAAGAAUGAAUAACAUUUUACUUUAAAAACUGUAAAUCUUGUUUGGAAUCUGUGAAAACAAAUAAAAUAGCUCAAUGUCAUUUUCAAAAUCACUUUCCUGACUGUAAUGACAGUGAUAUUCAAUAACAUGGAAAGCUAACAAGACUGUAGGGUUACAAGAUAGGAGGUAAAAUCCAACUUCCUGGCUGUAUAUACAAAUAACCUAACAUUGUCAUAAGGAUAAAAAAAAAAUGGGUUUUAGUUGGCCCUUUCAGUGGUGAAAGACAGAACCAGGCACGUGAUGGAAAUGUGCACCUUCAGGGUUGGCUGAUGUUUGCAUAGAUUUUUUUUUUCAAUGGGAAACUUCCUGAAUUAAAAGUCUCACUGAAGCUAAUAUGCAUCUGUUCAAACAGCAGUGAAACAGCUAAAAUAACUCAAAGCGUGGAAGUAAUUAUUUUUGUUUGUUCAAUAUCAAAAUGCAUGCCCAGUUCCAACAGUUGUACAAAAGGUAACUUGUGUCCAUCCAUAUGUAAGGAGCAAGCAUUACUGGGGAUUUUUAUUUUUACUUCCAUUCAGAACAAGUAAUUCUGAAAUAUGGCCUUAAUUUCACAAAGAAACCAAUCUCUGUAAAAAUAUACCGUAUAUUUUGGUGCAGUUAUUAAUCUUGUGGAUACUAGUGCCUCACUGAGGUGCACAAUGCAGAAAGAACAAGUACAUUUUUUUCACUUUAUGCAGAAGUUUAUUUGGAUGAAACGCUUCAUAGGAUAAAUCAAGUUGGAUUAAUUACAUUGUAAAUCAAUUUACUAAUAUCUUUGUGGAUCAAAAUUGAAUUAUGUCAAACAGCAGUGCAUACUUCAUAUCUCUUAAAAAAAAUUGAAAAGUUAACUUGCCUUCAUUCAGGUAAAUUGCUCAAGGUUCAUAUGCUUCAGUCCUCAGUAGAAGGAAAGCACUGAACCAUGUACUCAGUAUAGCUAGCUGACACCCACAUCCCAGCCUCUGCCCUGCUCAUUAGAUUGUACAUCUUCCCAUUUGUUAUGGCUAAGUUAUCUUUAGAUAAGCAGAAAAAUCUUUUUGUAUUAUAAGUUGUAUGGCGGGACUUCUUGUUUAGCCAUUGAAUUUCCUGUUUUAUGCUAGCAUAUUUUGUUUUAUUCUCUUAUUUCAUUAAAAAGCUAUUUUGAAGCAAAAAGCAGGUGUGAGGUAUCUCUGUUCACUAGAACAAGAAAGGAGAGUCAGGCAGAGCAGACACUUAUCCCUUGAUACCAAAGUAUAUUAGUCAUAGCAGACUCUUGUAGUCUAAGUAGAGACAAAUACAUUACAGAUUUAGGUUUUGUGGCAAACACCUGGGGUGAAAUCCUGGCCCCAGUAAGACAACGGCCAAACUCCCAUUGACUUCAGUGGGGCCAGGAUUUCACCCAUGGAGUUGAGUUUGUGAUAUGCCAACUAGCCUUGGCAAUAGUGUUCUUUAACAGAGUAGAAAAACUGCCUGUACUGGCCGCUACAGUAUCAUGAUUUACAAAUUAAGUAUGAAAAAUCUUGCUUUCCUAAUGCUACAACCUCUCGCUAGGAAGUGUGUAGGGCUGAAUUCUGACAUACCUGUACUGAGUAAUAUUUUACUGAACAUGUGAACUUUGUCAUAUAAUGGUAUGUUAUUUUUCAUCUCCUAGAGAAGCCUUUAGUACACGUUUUACAUUUUGAAGAUCUAGGCAGUGGUUUUAACUAAGAGCUGAAUGACUGUUCUCUUGAAUCCACAGCAGCAAUCAGUGGAUGAUGCCGUGUAAAGUAGUCGGUUGUUCAAUAGCUUUUAGACAUAUAGCAUUGCAUAUGCCCAUAGAUUUAACGCAGUACCGUACAUUUUCCUCUUAAAAAUAUAGACUUGUUCUAAAUGCCCUUUCUGGUUAUUACACUAACCAUUCCAUGGAGAGCUGUCCCAUUAAAAAGAGGAUUUCCAUCCAAAUAGUGCUAAAUGCUCACACACUACAUCUCUUUCACUUUGAACUACUCAAUGUAGAAAAUGUCGCAAGUUAACUUCUGAACACCCACCAAUGCACCCUCUGAAACUGGAAAGCAUCCAGUUUUAAAGAGAUUCAUAAUGAGAACUCGAAAAUGGACUUUUUAAAGGCACUACACACAAGAACUAAUUUACAACCCUACCUUUCCUAGUUCAGAGGCCUGCAAAUCAUCAUUUCACGACCAUUACUCACUAUGUACAGGUUUGCCCUUCAGGAAUACAGAGCUGUCAAUUUCUUCCAGACUCCCAGUGGUUUGCUGUUGAAUGUAUUUCAUGCCUAUUUUUACCUGGAAAAAAUAUGGCUCAAAAAUAAGAACUUUACUUCCUUCCCUUAUUUUCUUAUUCAGUGAGACUUGUUUUUAUUUAACCUGUAAAGGAGCAUAUAUGCAUCUUUGGAAACUAUAUAUUAUAUAUAGAAUAAUAUAUAGGAAACUGAAUUGGGAUAUAAAAUACAUCAGAAGGGUCUAGUGUCACAAAUUUCACUUGUGUGAUUUGAUAACCACCAGAAUCCUGGGCUGUACUAAUUUCCUUUCAGUUUCUCUUAUUUUUGUAUUUUAUAUAAUACAUGGAUCCUACCAAUUCAUCUAAACAAGAGAAAAUGUUAUUGGCCUCUUUGCCUGAUUCUCUCCUUUCAACAAUCCCUUGGAGGAAACUAAUGUGGAUGAUGUUUUCAAGAACAGUAUUGGGAGCCAUUUCACUUAGAACAUUCACCUUUUAGAAAGCCCAACUCUGGAGAGAAUCUUCUUUAUAGUUUAAGUAGAAAAUACAAUGAUGUCAAGUGCAAGCAGAGAUGGGCCCUAUCCAGAUCCAUAUUUUUCCAAAAUUUAAAGGGGGUUCAGUUCCAAGGGUUUUAUUCAGCCUCUUGAAACAGAGACCAGCUGCAAAGCGUGGAUCCAGAGUGAGGGUUCCCCACCUGUUGGGGUUAUUCAGCUGCACAGUCUUGAUUUGAGUCCAUCCCUAAUUAUAAGAGAAAUACAGUGCUAAUGGACUAGGGAGAUACAGGAGCUUUGUUGUGUUAAACGUAUGAUUUGGGAACAUUUCUAUACUACCAAUCAGUCGCUGUAUAACCAAUCCAUGUAUUAUAUAAAAAUAUAUAUGUAAGGCUUGUUAUUAAAAAGUGUAAUUUAAUGUACAUCACCACAAGAAAUGUUUACUUUUUUAAUUGUUAGACAUGUUUAGAUCAGUAUCUUGUUUUCAUUGUGUGAAUGAUACGUUGUAAAAUAAACAGAAAUGCAAACAAGAUGGGAAUGAGAUGCUUGUUUUCAUAAACUGCUCACAUUACGGAUACCCUCAAUGUC